CGCCCCCCUCUAGCGCCCCCCUCGCGCCCGCGACCAUGGCCACAGACUCGUGGGCCCUGGCAGUGGACCAGCAGGAAGCAGCCGCAGAGUCGUUGAGCAACUUGCAUCUUAAGGAAGAGAAAAUCAAACCAGAUGUCAAUGGUGCUGUUGUCAAGACCAGUGCUCAUGCAGAGAAGCCGGAUGAAGAAGAAAAAGAGGACAGGGCCGCCCAGUCCUUACUCAACAAGCUGAUCAGAAGUAACCUGGUUGAUAACACAAACCAGGUGGAAGUCUUGCAGCGGGACCCGAACUCGCCCCUCUACUCCGUGCGGUCUUUUGAAGAGCUCCGACUGAAACCACAGCUUCUCCAAGGUGUCUAUGCCAUGGGCUUCAACCGCCCAUCCAAGAUACAAGAGAAUGCCUUGCCUUUGAUGCUCGCUGAACCCCCCCAGAACUUGAUUGCCCAGUCUCAGUCGGGCACUGGGAAAACAGCUGCCUUUGUAUUGGCCAUGCUCAGCCAAGUAGAGCCUGCAAACAGAUACCCCCAGUGUUUGUGCCUCUCCCCAACGUAUGAGCUGGCCCUGCAGACGGGAAAGGUGAUUGAGCAGAUGGGCAGAUUUUACCCCGAACUGAAGCUAGCUUAUGCUGUUCGAGGCAACAAAUUGGAAAGAGGUCAAAAGAUCAGUGAACAGAUUGUCAUCGGCACCCCUGGAACCGUGCUGGACUGGUGCGCCAAGCUCAAGUUCAUUGACCCCAAGAAGAUCAAGGUGUUCGUUCUGGAUGAGGCUGAUGUAAUGAUAGCCACCCAGGGCCACCAAGAUCAGAGCAUCCGCAUCCAGAGGAUGCUGCCCAGGAACUGCCAGAUGCUGCUUUUCUCGGCCACCUUUGAAGACUCCGUGUGGAAGUUUGCCCAGAAAGUGGUCCCCGACCCCAACAUCAUCAAACUGAAGCGUGAGGAGGAGACCUUGGACACCAUCAAGCAGUAUUACGUCCUGUGCAACAACAGAGACGAGAAGUUCCAAGCCUUGUGUAACCUCUACGGGGCCAUCACCAUCGCCCAGGCCAUGAUCUUCUGCCACGUGAGUAGCAGCAAGUGCAACAUCUGUUCUGUUUCCUUACCAGAAACCCACUUUAGCAUGGAGGGUGGACUAGCUCCCUCCCUGUGGCAAGAAAGGGAAGCGGGGCUACUCAGCCGCACCAGCACAGGACCUGUUCUCAUUACAGGGCUUCAGAACUUCAUUCUGAUUAGACCCUGUCCUGAGAAUAAUAUGCCUUUCUUUCCCAGAUAUCUUGACUCAGAACCUGCAUUUUACCUCGUGAUGGGUCUUAUCGAUCCUGGGUGA